AUCUGCGCAUUUGUUGUUUCAAUUCAACGGUCAACUGUGUCAAAAAUUUUUUGAAAGCAUUUUCUGCGCGUUGUUUUUCUGUAACAUUUUUAUUUGAGAUUUUUAUUGAAGGAUAUUAGAAUAAACGCUGGGUGCAUUGAAUUUAAAACUCUAGAAGCGCUAAUCUUUAAACGAAGUAUUAAGUAUAUAGAAGAGGCGCAAAUAUGUCGGGGGCCGCGUUAUCCACUUUAGCGACCUUUGACGAUAUUCGUCGAUGCAUACAAGUACUUACUGAUGGCACCGCAGAGGAAGAAUUCCUACGUGUGCUCCGCUUGCAGGAGCAAUUUCGUCAAGAAUGUUUGGACACUGCCAAAGAGGCACAACGGAUACAGAAAGAGCUAGAUGCUUCACUGGAAUCAAUGGCAGACUUAGAAACGAAGCUGUACCAUGCACGCCGCUUGCUGGAAGUAGAAAGUAAAUUGCGUCGUGAAGCAGAACAUGAACGCGACCAGAUGGAAAAGAAAAUAAUAGCAGUAGCUGAUUUGGUGCAAAAGGACAACAAUAUAAAUAAUGAGACACGCGACAAGUUGGCCUUUCUGAACACGUUGCCACGCAAGCGAAAAUCAAUGAACCGUUUGGUAGAGGAAAAAUAUGGCAAUGAUAUCAAUUCUACUGGUUCAUUUUUAUCCGACUUAUCAAUAACGCAGUCUGAAGAUGACUUCCUUGAUGUGCGCCCCUCCACUGGUUGGCAAAAGCAUCAUCCAUCUGUGCCUAAAAAUCCAAUUCCGUGUGUUGGUGCCAAAAGAUCGCGUGCAAGCGGUGCUGGCUUGCCGUCAACACCAGGCGCCACUUCAAGGCGGUCUACAACACGUCGUAGUGGUACUGGUAUACAACAACAUUUAUUGGAUGUACCACCUGGUGCUGACCGCAUCUGCGCCACCACAAAAGUGACAAUCCCACAAGAUGGAAAUGGUGUUAUACGCGCUGAGUCAACUAUUGAAUCUAUGCCAGUUAUUCCGAUUACAAGCACAGUGGCUUUAGACAAGGAGGCUAGUCCAGAGGAAGCAAAUUGCAUCACUCCUACCGCUUCGCCCUAUAAGGAUGCCACUGCUCCACCUAUCACACCCAUGACUGCUAUAAAAUGUGCGCCCGGUGUAAAUCUAUGUUCGCCGCAAGUCUCGUCUAUGCGCGCGCAGUUGAUGCGUCAUCACAAUUUCGCAUCACGUACUUUCAUACGCACCGACACUUGUACGCAUUGCCAGAAGAAAAUUCGUUUUGGCACAGUAGGAGUGCGUUGUCGUGACUGCCCAGUACGUUGUCAUGCUGAUUGUCGAAUCGCGCUGACAGUGAGCUGCGUGCCGCAGUCAGGGACCCCAACCAUCAAAGGCAUGAUGGGCUACAUUAGCGAUUACGCACCAGGUGUGGCACCGAUGGUACCAGCACUCAUUGUGCAUUGCGUCAACGAAAUCGAGUCACGCGGUCUCAAUGAGGUUGGUAUAUAUCGUGUGUCCGGGUCGGAGCGUGAAGUAAAAGCGCUGAAAGAGCGUUUCUUGCGCGGCAAGAACACACCACAUCUGGGGAACAUCGAUGUACAUGUGCUGUGCGGAUGUGUUAAAGACUUUUUGCGAUCACUAAGGGAACCCCUUAUACCUACAAACUUAUGGAAAGAUUUCUGUAAUGCCGUACAACAGCCCACUGAAGCUGAUAUACAAAAAGACCUUUUCAAAGCGAUUGAUGCCUUGCCGCAGGCAAAUCGCGAUACCUUGGCAUUCUUGGUUUUGCAUUUUCUACGGGUUGCAGAGUGUCGUGAAGUUCUAAUGCCAAUUGAUAAUAUUGCGCGCGUAUUUGGACCAACCAUAGUUGGCUAUUCGUCAGCCGACCCCGAUCGACAUGCCAUCUUCACAGAGGUAUACAUGCAGUUCACCACAAUGCAGAACUUGUUAAAGAUUCCUGGCGAUUAUUGGGCACAAUUUGUUACAUUGGAUGCAGACAAGGAAAACAAUCAAACAAUUGGUUCAACUAAUACCAUAACUCGCACACCGAGUCACAAUAAAGAGUCUUUGUAUUCGUUAUAUGCUACACCACUUAAAAGCACACUCAAAAAGCGAAAAUUCCAUGCUACACCGCCUUAUCAAUAUAAAAAAUGAAAAUUUUCUGCUAGAUACAUAUUUAUAAAUAACCGUCAAAGCAUCCGUCUCAAGUAAUGCAGCUAAACAACUGGCGCAUUAUUUUUAUACUUAAAUUAUAUAUUGCAAAGCUGCAUUUAUAAAAUAUUAUUUUGAUUAGUUUGUCAUCGACACUUUAAUUUAUUUGGUGGCACACAUUUAUAAUUAGUUUAAUUAACAUGUGGUUAGCAUAUUUUGUGUACCUCAUUUGUUCUUAAACUAAACGCAAACUCGCUUGGAAUUUAAUACUUUUUUGUUACAAUUUUGCAUCACUCAGGAUUUUUUAUAUGCGUACAUACAUGAAUUUAUAUACACUUCGCUCGAGCUUACAGUAAAAAUUGC